AUGAAUCACUCCACAACCUCUGGCUCUACAAUACAAACAUCUUCGGUUAAUCGGUCGCAACACCCACCAAGACCGCACAGCGACAGCAUCACCCUCUCUGCCGACGGCGGCAUGGAGAAGUUCCCGGAUCACAUCGAUUCUCAUCUCACCAACGCUUCAAGGACCUCGAGUCCUGGAAAGACAAACGGCUAUGCGCUUCCCGGCGCAUCUAGCGGCGGCGACCGCUGGCAACCUCGGAGGGAGAGCCUUCAGGGGCGUGGGAUAAGAUGGGGCCCAGCAAGCCAGCCACCGGCAACACGGUACGGUCACGGCAAACAAAAGAGCCUGGGCGAUGCCAUUCACAACAUACGGACAAGAGGUGGAAGCGUCGGUCAGAACGCUCAUGAGAUCGCCGAUGCGCUGCGGGCUCCCGUUUCCCCCAAGCUGAUCGGACUUUGUGUCCUCUGGUACACCUCAUCCGCUCUGACCAAUACGUCCUCGAAAUCCAUCCUCACGGCCUUCGAUAAACCCGCGACACUCACCCUCAUCCAGUUUGCUUUCGUGGCGACCUACUGUGUCCUAUUUGCCUGGCUUGCCAAUGUCUUCCCAAGCCUAAAGACUGCGAUACCGGCACUCAAGCAUGGGAUCCGCUACCCUUCCCGCGACGUCAUUCAGACCACCAUGCCUCUUGCCGCGUUCCAGAUCUUCGGUCACUUGUUGAGCUCGACGGCGACAUCAAAGAUCCCUGUCUCGCUCGUCCACACAAUAAAGGGCCUCUCUCCCUUGUUUACGGUUCUGGCCUACCGGUUGAUCUUCAACAUCCGGUACUCAGUUAACACGUAUCUGUCGUUGGUCCCCUUGACUUUUGGGGUUAUGCUGGCUUGCUCUGGCAAGCACAACAAAUACAGCGGCGAACUGUUGGGCAUUUUUUAUGCUCUCCUCGCUACCAUCAUUUUCGUGACGCAGAACAUCUUUUCCAAACGACUCUUCAACGAAGCUGCCAAGGCCGAAGCUGAGGGCCAAUCAGCCAGGUCGCAAAAGCUUGACAAGCUGAACCUGCUCUGCUACUCCUCAGGCAUGGCCUUUAUCUUGACGGUGCCAAUCUGGCUCUGGAGCGAGGGCAUCGGCAUCAUUGGCGAUGUCCUUCAUGAUGGAGCGGUCGACUUGAACAACAAAGUGGGGUCUUUUGAUCACGGCCGUUUGACCAUUGAGUUCAUCUUCAACGGCACCUUCCACUUUGGACAAAACAUCCUUGCCUUUGUCCUCUUGUCGCUCGUUUCACCAGUAACUUACUCCGUUGCAAGCCUGAUUAAGCGCGUGUUCGUCAUUGUCAUUGCCAUCAUUUGGUUCCGGAACCCAACGACACCGCUCCAGGGAGUCGGCAUCUUGAUGACCUUCCUUGGCCUCUACCUCUACGACCGAACCCAUGACCGGGACAAGGCGGAUCGCAAGGCCAAGAUGAUGGAGAUCAAGGAGGAGCCUCUUCUGCCCCUGAACACCAGAGACGCCUUCAACGCAAGCCAGAACGCGCCUGUCUACGAGAGCCCCAUGGUCUCCGCGGGCCCAUUUCAGUCGUUUAGCAAUGGGCCCUCUCCUCGGAGGAGCGAAGACUCCAAGAAAUCAGAUGGGCCCAGCAAUGGCCGAGCCCGAGGCGCGAGUAACGCUGCCUGGCUCGCACCGGGCACCAAGCAGGAGGACACCUGGCGGGUCGGAGACCAUUAG